AUGGCCGACAUUGAAGAGCAACUCGUCUCGAUCGCGGGAAUUCCCUCGCAAAAGGAUAAAACCGCCAAAUACCGUUCGCUACUGGAAACGGUUCUUACCUCUUCGGCAAACGAAUCAAUUCUAGCGGAAGAAUUGGAAAAGUUUGUUGAUCACAUAGUGCAGGAGCAAGUUGGUUUGGUGGUCUCUCGCCAAGUGUUAACGGAAUUCGUGCAGGGCGUUGAUAAGAUAGAAAACUCUGAAAUCAAAAAGCGUGUAUUACACUUUGCGCUGGGAAAAGUCCAACCUAGAGUUGUGAGCUUCGAAGAACAGAUCUCGACACUUCGCGAAAAAUUAGCAGAAAUUUACGAGAACGAAGAGAGUUGGCUUGAAGCCGCCAAAGUAUUACAAGGGAUUCCGCUGGAUUCUGGGCAUCGAACGAUCUCAGAUGAAUAUAAACUUGGAAUUUACAUUAAAAUUGUCCGACUUCUUUUGGAAGAGGAUGAGGCCGUAUCGGCCGAAACUUAUCUUAGUCGCGCCGCGUUACUGAUACCCGGUUGUAAAGAUCAAGUUAUCAAUUUAACGUUUAAAUUGUCACAGGCAAAAAUUUUUGAUUUCAAGAGGAAAUUUCUUGAAGCCAGCUCAAAAUACCAUGAAUUGAGUUACGUCACUGAAUUAGUGCCAGAAGAGCGGAUUAUUUGUCUGAAUGCGGCCAUCACUUGUGCGGUGCUCACGGGAGCCGGUCCACAACGGUCGCGUAUGUUGGCUACGCUCUAUAAAGAUGAACGGGUGCAACGUUUGCCACACUUUUCCAUCCUAGAGAAAAUGUACCUGGAUCGUGUUUUGCGACCAAAUGAAGUCAAAGGAUUUGCCGAGACGCUCAAAGAUCAUCAGCGUGCUCGCCUAGCCGAUGGUACAACGGUGCUUGAUCGUGCCGUGAUUGAACAUAAUCUCUUAUCAGCCUCCAUGAUAUACAACAAUAUCACAUUCGAGGAGCUUGGAUCCUUGUUAGCCAUCACUCCCGAUCAGGCUGAACAAAUUGCUAGUUCGAUGAUAGAACAAAAUCGCAUGCAAGGGACGAUCGAUCAGAUCGAGAGAUUGAUCUUUUUUGAAAGCAGUUCAGCAACUGGUCACGGAAAGUCAGUAGGGGGCAUAUUUGGGGCAAAAUGGGACUCGGCGAUUCAAAAUGUGUGUCACCAUGUAGAGGAGGUUGUGAUCGCGAUCGGCGCAAAAUAUCCAGAACUCAUGCAAAAGGGUACAUUUUAA